AUGGCUAUUACGGAUAUGCUCAACCGCCGUGUGCGGGCUAGACCUGAUGAUGAGGAUGAGGUGUACUCGGAACAGUCCGAUGCAGGCGAAGAGCCAUCGCAGGACGUGGCCGAGGGAGACGACGAUUCUGAUGCCGAAGAUCUGCAAUCUGAUGAUUCACAAAAUGAAGGAUCAGAAGGCGAUGAAUCAAACCCAGACUCCAACGAGGACACCAACGACAAUGCCUCCUCAGACGAAGAAGACUCCGACGACAACGACAUCCAAGCAUCCCUAAGCAACAUCUCCUUCGGCGCCCUAGCCAAAGCCCAAGCAACAAUGGGCCCGAAAAAGCGCAAAGCCCUCACCAACAAAUCCGCCCCCGAAUCCAUAGCCUCCCCCCUCGACGACAUCCGCGCCCAAAUUCGGGCUGCCCGCGACCAAAAGCGCGAAGCCGCCGCCGCCUUAGCCACAUCCUCUAAAGACAGCGCCUCCAAAGAAAAGAAAGCAGCCCGAACCUCCAAGCACGCACCAAUGGUGCAAUCCUCCAAAUACGCCGUCUCCCGCAAACGCGUGAUCGUCGAACCACCCGCGGUCGCCAAAGCCCGCGACCCGCGCUUCGACGCCGCAGUCAUGGGCCACAGCGGCAAAGGUCUAAACGCAAAAGCCUCCGAAAAAAACUACUCCUUCCUAGAAGAAUACCGAGCCUCCGAACUAAAAGAUCUAAAGCGCCAAAUGGCGGCAACGAAGAAUCCCGAAGCGAAAGAAGCUUUGAAACGCCAAAUCCGGUCAGCGAUGGAUCAGCAGAAGGCGCGGGAGAAUCGGAAGCGCGAGGAGACUGUUAUUUCGGAGCACAAGAAGAAGGAAAAAGAGGCCAUUCGGGAUGGAAAGAAGAGUACGCCUUAUUAUCUGAAGAAGUCGGAUUUGAAGAAGCAGGUUAUGCAGAAGAAGUAUGAGGAGAUGGGGUCGAGGGAUCGGGCUAAGGCGUUGGAGCGGAGGAGGAAGAAGAUGGCUUCGAAGGAGAGGAAGGAUAUGCCUCUGGAGAGACGCGGGUUUGAGGGUAUGGGUGGUGGUGGUGGUGAGCCUCCCGCGAGAAUUGGAGGUGGUAAGAGGAGACGACUUGAGUAG